AUGUCCACUGUGUCUGCUUCCCUUGUCGCGGGCGAUGGACAGCGCAAACGACCACGCAUAGAUCUUACCACAGAAGAGGAAGCCGACGACGGUAGGGUCCCAUCUCUUGUUUUGCCAGUCCUCCCCCGCUUCCCCGGUCUCGACCGUGCUGCCAUUAUAGCCGUUUUUGAACACACCUUCCGCCCAAAGAAGGACCUCAUAAAACUUCGCAGCCCCGAAUUCAAAGCCUCGGCACCGGAUGGCGAGUCCUUCGACUUGAAGUCCACAUCGUCUGGCCUGCAAUUCCGCAAGGUGGUUUCAAUCAAGGACUGGGGCAAUGACGCAUCCCUGUGGGCCCACUGCUUUAGCAGUUAUAUCGCCAUCUGGUGUGAUUUCUUCGCUGCCAAGCACUCACUAUGCAUCAGUGGAAUGGUCCUUUUCCACCGCCGUAUUUGUGACCUUGCCAGGGCAUAUAAGUGGCAGGAGUGUAUCCUGCAAAUGGCCUUAGACCACCAUCAGAUGGUCGUCGAUAAAGGCGACCUUGCCGUUUCUCUUGGCGACUGGGAAAUUGGGAAAGCUCUCGAAAGCUCCUACCUACGCCCGGAUAACGUGCUCCCAGCAAAGACAGCGCCGACUACCCCAACCACACGGUCAACGCGCUCAACCGCCGCCUCAAACAACGAUUCUGUCAUCUGUGAAAAGUUCAACUCUUUUGCUGGCUGUCACUGGCGAACAUGUCACCGUAGGCACGUCUGCUCUAACGGUAUUCUCACAUUCGGCUGCCGCCUUGGUUGUACGGGCCAGCCGACAGACCGCCGAACAUCUAAUCACCAUAUUGAGGAACCCUCUAUUAUCACCCAAAAGCUCUCCGAUGACCUGUCAAAUCGUCGAGUGCAAGUUUGCACUGGUCCCGCUGUUGUGUCCCCACUAGGGCUCGUACCUAAACAAGACGGAAGCUGGCGCCGUAUCCAUGACCUUUCCUACCCGCCAGGGUGCAGUGUCAACGAGUCUAUCCCGGCUAUCGCCUCUGCCAUACAAUACAUCUCCAUAGAUCACAUUUUCGAACUCACCUGCACCUCUGGACGAGGAUGCUUUAUCAUCAAACGCGACAUCAAAGAUGCUUUCCGCAAUAUCCCCGUCGCACCGGCCGACCGGCCUCUCCUAGCCUUUUCGUGGGAUAGCAAGACAUACAUGGAAUGUUGCCUUCCAUUUGGUCUUGCAACUGCACCCUUCAUCUUUAAUCUCUUUGCUGAGGGUCUCAACUGGCUUCUGACUGCCUACUUACCUGGGGCCUCUAUCGUCCAUUACCUUGACGAUUUUAUCACUGUUUUUCCUCCUUCUGUAGGAGAUAUCUCUCAGGCUAUCGUCGAGUUCAAUACCGUUUACAUUCCUCUUACAGAUGCACUAGGCAUCCCAAGGAAUAACACCAAAGACGCCGCGGGUACCGUGGUCAAUGUGCUUGGGAUCGAAAUCGACACAACACUUCUACAGGCCCGCAUGCCUCGCGAUAAGCUAACACGCGCAUCUUCCGAGGCCGCGUCGCUAUUACAGCAAAAUCGUGUUUCGCAUAAAGCCUUGCAACGUGUGAUCGGUUUCCUCCAACACUGCUCAAUGGUCAUUCGUCUUGGCAGACCCCGCCUCCAGUCGCUCUACAGCGACCUCGCAUCUUUCCCACCUCACCAGCGCUCUCUCCGCCGCCUAUCCCAUGAUAGCCGCGAGGACCUCGCGUGGUGGACGGACACAAUCCCGUUUUUCAACGGAAUCCAUUUCUUUAAGAAGAGCCGCCCCCCUAACUGGUUGUCUGCAGCACCUUACCUGCCUUCCACUCACGCCGCUAUUGUGGACGCCUCCUCCGUCUGCGCUAGCGAGGCCCACAUCAACACCAAGGAGGUUACCGCAAUUCUGCAGGCCUUCCUUCUACACAGCCUCCAUUGGGCUCAUCAUCGUGUCCUCGCUUUUACGGACAGUGCCGUCGCGUUCCAUGGCCUGUCUAAGCAGGCACUCCGCGGGCCGGCCCAUCGCCAACUGCUCAUGCUUUUCAUGGACGAGCUCCUUUCCCUUGCUCCGCCAGCCUGGUUCUCCAGCCAGCCUAUUUUCGUGAGUGCUGGUCAUGCUAAGCUGGUCUGGAAUGGUCUUGCAGAGGGAACAAGAAAAGGGUACCGCUCCGCACAGCGCUCAUACACCCGUAGCUGCGCCCUCAAUGGAUUACAGCCAUGGCCAGCAACAGCACCAGCGAUCUACACUUGGCUCACGGAACGACUGCUGGGCGCAGGUGGGAGCCCACCAGUGAAGCCCGAUACAGCUAUGUCUGAGCUCUCAGCGCUCCGCGCGUACCACGUCGACAACGGUCUUUCCGAUGCAAUUUUUGACCUCCACGCCAAGCAUUUUCCCACUGAGGCUCUCACCCCCCAGAGAGACGAUCUCAAUCUUGCCGUGGCUGCCCGGGUUGCCUUCGCCGGGUUUCUUCGGGUCGGGGAAUUUACAUACUCAGCUGCUGAGCAUAGGAAUACGCAAAUCUUUGUUGCUACUAAGUUAACCCGGGGGGAUAUCAGAUUCUCCCCUACCAUGGACCACGUCCUCCUCACUUUAAAGAGAAGCAAGACCGACCGAAACCACGAAGGUGUUAAUAUUGUCCUUGCAGCGACAAACGACGCGGCCUGCCCCGUUGAGGGACUUUCUAAGCUAUUCCUUCAUGAUUCACAACCUUCAACUGCUCCUUUGUUUACGCUCUCCUCCGGGCCAUUCACCUCAGCCGCCUUUCAACGCGCCGUUAUCUCCAAGCUCAAACGCUCUGGGGAAGAUACCACAGGACUAAAAGGCCAUAGUUUCAGAAAAGGGGCAGCCCAACACGCCCACGAUUCGGGCCUGAGAAGUGACCACAUUCAAGCCCUCGGAAGAUGGUCUUCCGAAGCUUUCCGUCUUUACUUCACGACGCCCCCAACAACACUGUACACCUGGAACCGUCAAUUCCAGACCGGUCAUCCAACUCCGGUCUCCUCUUCCUCACCACCAGCCCCUCCACCAUCCUUAUUUGGCCCAUCGGGUCAUUUGGGCCCGCCUGCAGCCCUCGCGGCGCUGUAG